GACAACAGCUGGCCCGUAGCUAGCUACACUUGCGUCGCCAUGCCAAUAUAAUUGAUCAGUUGCCCUUCUUCCUUGUUAAGCACUCUUUGCUAGUAGCUCCAACAAUGGCUGCCGCAACCUCCGGCCUCCUCGCUUUCCUCUGCCUCUACUGCUUCUUCAUGCUCUGCAUCCACGCACCAUGUGCCUCCUCAACUUCCUUCAGCUUCAACUUUUCAGAUACCAGCAAGGACCCCUGCGCCAACGGUCUCAAGUGCUUUGGGGACGCAAAGUUCACUAGCUCCGUCGGCAGUUUCAGUUUCAGUGGCUCCGGCGUCGUCGUCAAGGUCAACACCACUGCUUCACCGCUGCUUCUGCUGCUACUCGUCUCGCUUCCUGGCAAAGGCUCCCAAUCGGCGUGCCAUCCGGCGAGCUCCACGGACGGGAAUCGCAUGAUUCCCUGGGCACCGCUGCCGCUGCCGCUGGAGCAGGGGAUCUACGGCGGCGUACCCCGAGUCGGAGAGUUAGUUCCCUCUUACUCAUUUGGUACAAACAAAUCCCUUGACGGUGGUUUCUUUAGGUAUGGAAGUAGCCUGACGCUCCCCAACAUUCAAGAACCACUUAACGUUAACGACGACCAUCUGGAAAAACUAUGGGACUGUUUGCUACGCCACCACGUCACGCCACACAUUUCGCACCACAGAUGUGGCUGCCAAGCGCCCAUACAUUUUCACUCCGCAAUUAUCGAUACCGACCCAUACGUCAGAACUGGGCAUCAAAAUGACAGUUCCAGGAGAGAAGCAUUUCCUAUUCCUAUCCGUAGCAAUAGGACUCGAAGGCACGAAAGACCACACGGUGUGAUCCUUCGUGGACACAGAAAAUUGCUGCAGGAUCAUGACAGCUCUGUAAGAUCGAAGCGAGACCUGCCUCGUCGCCGACGCCGACAGGUACAGCUCCGAGAGGAGCGCGUGGUCGGAACGGCGGCCACGACCAGAAUUGCGGUUGGUUUGGCUCUGUUUGGAUUGCUUUGCACGGUUGCAGGGCUCGUGCUCUGGUGCGUGCGUAAGAAGUUGGAAGAUGAGGAGCCCAUCAUCCAGCAGAGUGAACUCUGCCCCUCGUCGGGGCCUAGACGCUACAGCCACCGUGAGCUAGCCGCCGCGACGGGUAGGUUCGCGGAGGAGGAAAGGAUUGGUAGAGGAGGGUUCGGGCCCGUGUACCGAGGCUUCCUGGCUGACCAGGACCGCCGCGUGGCCAUCAAGGUGAUGUCGCAGGGGUCGUCCACGCAAGCGCAGGGGACGAGGGAGUUCCAGGCCGAGGUGAAGGUCAUGACGAGGCUGAGGCACCGGAGCAUUGUCCAGCUGCUCGGAUGGUGCGAUGGUCCGGAAGCCCUCAUGCUUGUCUAUGAGUUCCUGCCCAACGCCAGCCUCGACAAGCAUCUCCACGGUCCAGAGAGGCUGCUAACUUGGCCGGACAGGUACAAGAUUGCUCUCGGUGUGGGCUCGGCCAUACUGUACCUCCACACGGAGUGCGAGCAGUGCAUCCUGCACGGGGACAUCAAGCCCGCGAACAUCUUGCUCGACCAGUCCUGCAACCCCAAGCUCGGGGACUUCGGCUUGGCGAGGCUCGUCGACCACGAAGCUGACUCGCGUACAACGCAAGUCGUGGCAGGGACACCUGGAUAUAUGGAUCCAGGGUUCGUCAGCACCCAGCGGCCGUCUGCGGAGUCUGACAUCUUCAGCUUCGGUGUUGUCCUUCUGGAGAUCGCCUGCGGCAGGCGGCCGACCACACGACCGAACGGAGCUCCGGUGCUGCUGAAUUGGGUCCGUGACAUGUACACCAGGGAUUCCAUUCUUGCAGCGGCAGAUCGGCGGCUGGAUGGCGAGUUCGACGACCAGCAGAUGAGGCGAGUGCUCGUCGCGGGCCUUUGGUGCGCGCAUCACGACCAGAGCCAGCGACCGUCGAUCGCGCAGGCCAUGGAUCUCCUUCAACGUGAAGACGCCGAGCUACCCGUCCUUGAUCCAGUCAUGCAUAGUAGUCCUGAAGCGGUUCGUUCCCUGGAAGAAAUAGCUUACGGUGAUUUCUCAGCAGAGGACUCUGUUUCUGAGAAUUCAUCCGCUCACACUGCAUACCACACUUCCACGGAUUCUAGUUGUCUUCUAGAAUGAUACUUGAGUUGUCUCCAAAAAAUACCAGGAGGGACCAACUAGAGAUACCAGCUUUUGUA